AUGCCUACAUUUAAAAACCAUAACCACGACAAUGUAGUGAUUCAAUGUCGUGAUUUAAAUUCUGCUAUUUGUGACGAAAAAGUUGUGUGUGAACCUCCCGUGUUUGUUCCAGAAUUGAAACAAAACAGAUUCGGAAAAUUCCUCACCAAGGAAAUUCCAGAAUUUGUUCCAUCUCAUACAGGUAUGUCAGAGUCUGAUAAGGAGCCAAAUGAAGAAAGCAGCAGUGAAGACUCAAGCACCACAACUUCAGAAGGUGGCGAAGGAAGCUCAAGUGAGGAUCGUGAUUCAGAUUUUCAGUCAUAUCAAGAAUGGGAAAGCUCAAAUGACUCAGAAAAUUCAGUAACAGAUGCUGAUAAAAAGGUUGAAAACCUUGAACCAUCGGGUGUUCAAGAACCAACGACCCCAAAUGACUCUGCAAGUCUUGAAAAUCGAGAUCCAUUGGAAAAAUACUUCGACGUUGAUGAUUGCACAAGUUCAGAUGAUGAAUCAAAGAAAAAUGGAAGUGUUGGGGAGUCAAAGAUCAAAAGACCAUCUGAAGUUGUCGAACAUCACGUCUGUCAACAUGCUAAGACAAGCUCAAAGCAAUCCCCUCCCCUAGUUGCAUCACACGGAACUGCAAAGUCUCAAAAGCCAUUCAAGGCUUGUUUUAGGUGUGGAAAAGAAGGUCAUGCGCUCAAGCAAUGCCCAGAGCAACACGAUCCAGACGGUAAAGGCAACCAGUAUUGCUUUUCUGGAUCAAAAGGUAAAAAUCACACAUCUUUGAAAGAUCAGAUGAAAAACUUUUCAUCCAGGUCUCCACAUGUGAAGCCGGUUUCACAUGAUUCAAAGAUGAAAAAGGACCAAUACAUCAAAACCUCAUUCUUUCCCUCCGGGUCUUAA